GGAAUAAUAUAUGCAUAAAUAUAUAAAAACAAUAUUUUUGUGAAGCAGAAAGAAUAUUAUACAGCAUUUUGUAAAAAAUGGAUUUUUUUAAGUCAUUCAUAAAAUAUGAUCUUGAUGCAAAAGUGGGAUUUGUAAUUUGUACCAUUGCUGGUUAUUGUUUAUAUAAAUUAAUAAUGAAUCAGAUAUCAAAAAAAUCUGUAUCAGAUGAUGGUUGUAUUGCAUAUAAAGAGUUAAAUGAUAAUCAAGAUUGUAAAUUAGUAUUAGUUGUAAGAAACGAUUUAAAAAUGGGUAAAGGAAAAAUUGUGGCCCAAUGUGCACAUGCAGCUGUAGCAGCGUAUAGAAUUGCUCUAAAGUACCCUCCUAUUUUAAAAGCUUGGGAAAAUUCUGGUCAAGUAAAAGUUACUGUCAAGGUGAAUAAUGAAGAUGAACUAAGAGCAAUAGCAAAAGCAGCCAGAGAUGCUGGUCUAAUAACAAAUGUAAUACAAGAUGCAGGACGCACACAAGUAGCUCCAGGAAGUAGAACUGUAUGUGGAGUGGGCCCUGGGCCAGCGCAAUUGGUAAACUUAGUAACUGGGCAUUUGAAACUUUAUUAGCAUCUUUUAAAAAAAUUGUUUUUUUAUUAUUGAAAUGAAUUUGUAUUAAAACAUUCCUUUCCAAUCUUUGGAAAGUUUGAUUAUUAAUGAUUUAAAUAAAUUUCUAUAACAAAAUUUAUUUAUGUAAAAUACUGAAAAAAAACUGUAAAGCAUAAAAUAGCUUAACUCUUCCAUAAUACACAAUCGUUGAUCGAAAACAAUUUUACUACACCAAAAAAAAAAAAAGAAAAAAAAAAAAAAAAGAAAAA